AAAAUGGUAAGCGUAUUUCACAAUUUGAGUAUGGGAACAACUUUCCAUUGACAACCAAGCAAGUGCAACACGUUGGUAAAUCGACAUCGUUAAUAUACGUUCUUCCUCUUUGACUUCAAGCGAAUGCAUGGACAGUAGAUGAGAAACGAUGAAAAAGGCCAAAAAAUCCCUUAGAAAAGCCUUUCAUCAAUCGAGCAGUAACAACAGAGAAGGGAAACAACCAGGCAAUGAUGUCCCAAAAGGUGAUGUUAGGGAAGACAGUGCUGAAAACAAGGCUGAGGCUGAAGAACUGACUGACUUGGACAAGUUGUAUAUUGCCUUGGCUGAAGUUGGUCGUAGAAACCUCUUUGAUCUGCUUUGCUACGGUAUCAAUAUUACGAGCUUAGACGCCUUACAGAAGUACACUGCAGAGGACAGCACAUCUGCUUACAUCUGUGACAAGAUAAAAUCUCUCCUUGAGGGCAAAGAUUUCAAUUUCAAGGAACUUGUACAGAAAUACAAACCAAGCAAACUUGUGCAGACGUGUGAGAUUAAGCACAUACCAGUAAUCCCAAAGAAAGACUUAGUUGUUACUCGCACAUUGAGGCAGGGCCCAUUUGUGGGACAAGUGUGCGAGGCGCAACUCACUUUGCCGGAUGGGAGGAAGGAAAAAGUUUGUCUUCGUUAUCAAACGGUACAAGAUGAAGACCAAAUGGACUUCUUAAGAGAAGCAGAAAUAGCAUUUCAACUUCGUCAUGAGAAUAUUCUAGCUUACUACGGCGUAGUCAUUGCUAGUUCAUAUUCACCACACCCAGCUUUGGUGGUCGAGUUUGCAGAAUAUGGAAACCUAUCAGAAUCAUGGCCUCAUCAUAACAUUGAACACCUGUGGAGAUAUACCAUCCAGGCCGCAACUGCUUUGGAAUACUUGGAGAAAAGAAAUGUCAUUCACCAAGCUGUUUUUGGUUAUAAUUUCUUGGUUGUAGCUGGUUUUAAGGUAGUUAUCAUUAUUAUCGUCAUUAUUAUCGUCAUUAUCAUUGAUACUGCCAAUUUGGCACUGCCAUCGUCACUGUGUAGGAAAUGGGAUCAAUUAGCAGUACAAUCAAGGAAAAGACCAUCUUGCUCGUGUUCAAAGCUUGCAUGAGCGAGUCAUUGUUCAGUGAUUUUGUGGGACACUAAAACAUUUAUUUCCAAGUGAAUCGUCGUGGAUUUACUUAAAGUAAGGGGGAGAUUCGCGACAUGUUAUUGGAAAAGGUGAUAGUAGUACUAUCACAUAAUCAGAAGGAAUAACCCAGUUGAAUGUAAGUUUAAACUACUCCAUGUUUUAUUUCAUCCAAGCUGAAGCUUGCAGGCCUAGCGGCUUGUUGGUUUAAAGAAGUAAACCUGAAAAAGUAAGUAUACAUCGUAUCAGAAUAGAUUUAUCAUAAAAUUCGAAAUUGUGAAAGCUCAAGCGAUGAAAAUGUAGUUAACUUUAGCCUUUGCCGAAGAAUUAUGGCUGAAAAGAGAGGAGAAUCAAAAUUAUCAGGCUUUAUAAUUUUUGUUGAAUGCGGGAAGGUCAUUAACGAAGUUGUCGUAAAGUGUUUGCACUGAACAAGAUGAUUUGGUUCUGUUAACUGAG